GUAUAAAUCUGGUCAGACCGUGACUAGAAAAAUGAUUCGAUGAAGACGAGCUGUGUUUGAGAAAAUCGUAAGAGAAAACAAAAUGGCAGGGAAGAUAAGGAAAAACGACGCAGGUUCCAGUUCAAGCAGUACUAUCGGAGGAGAAACUGUGGUGGUUGAUUGCGGUCGCCGGCGAAGCUCUUGCGGUUACUGUAGAUCCUCCGGUAACACUAGUAUCUCUCACGGUCUAUGGGCACGCAGCAUUACUGUUGAUGACUAUCAAGAUCUUCUUGAUCGGGGGUGGAGAAGAUCGGGUUGUUUUCUGUACAAACCUGAGAUGGAAAGGACAUGCUGCCCAUCUUAUACUAUUCGUUUGAGGGCUGGUGAUUUUCAUCCUGUGAAGGAACAUCUCCGUGUCUUUAGAAAAAUGCAAAGAUUUUUAGAUGGUACGCUGGAUGUGAAAAAAACAAUGGAGGCUGUAGAAGACACAAAUGUCUCCAAAGAUAUGUGCAAUUGUGCCUGUCAUGAAGUUUCAGGCUCUGGGACAAAGGAAACUUCGGCUGCAAAUAUUGAGAAGAAUAUGGCGGAGCGUUUUGCUGAUUCUUUAUCAGAUCAAGUUGAUGCUGUGAUUCGUACUUGUGCAGAAAGUGGGGAAUUCCCUAGAAGUAUACAAUUACCAAAAGCUUCUGUCAAAAAAGUUUCGCAAGCCAAAAGCAAGCUGUUAGUUGAAGGAGCAGAAUGUCUCUUGUACUCUAGCAACAUUGCAUUUCAAAUAGCAGCCACUAUAAGACGGACAGAAUCAGCUGGAGAGGAUGCACCACACAGCGCUAAGUAUGAUAUGUUGUCACCUCAAGUUGUUGCAGAAAAACUGACUGCUUCAUUAAAUCAGUUUUCAGAAAGUAGUGGUUUGACUAUCAGGGCUUGCAAUGGACACAUUAAUUUUUAUGCAUCUAAAGCACAGGCGUUUUCCACUGAAGGUGUGCAUGUUGUUACUGACUCCAAAGAAUCUGCUGCAGGUUGUAAAAGAAAAGCCUGCUGUAAGAGGAUGAGUGUCAAAAAUCCUCUGGGAAAGAGGCGCAAGCUAGAGAUACAUUUGAAAAGGUCCAGCUUUGAUCCGGAAGAGUUUGAAUUGUAUAGAAGAUAUCAGAUGAAAGUGCAUAAUGAUGCUCCAGAUCAUGUUACUGAAAGCGCAUACAGGAGGUUUCUAGUCGAUACUCCCUUAGUUUCUGUUCCACCAUCUGGUGAUGGAAGUGUUCCUUCAUGUGGAUUUGGCUCAUUUCAUCAGCAAUACGUUAUUGAUGGCCAGCUAGUUGCUGUUGGUGUCGUUGAUAUUCUUCCUAAAUGUUUGUCCAGUAAAUAUUUAUUCUGGGAUCCAGAUUUUGCUUUUUUGUCAUUAGGAAAGUAUUCAGCUUUGCAGGAGAUAAGUUGGGUAAAGGACAAUCAAGUCUAUUGCCCAAGUCUUCAGUAUUAUUAUCUUGGCUAUUAUAUUCAUUCAUGCAGCAAGAUGAGAUAUAAAGCAGCAUAUCACCCAUCUGAGCUUCUCUGUCCUCUCCGUUACCAGUGGGUUUCAUUUGAUGUUGCAAGGCCUUUGCUUGACAGAAAGCCAUAUGUUAUCCUUUCAGAUUAUUCACUUCUACAAGAUGCAGAGCCUUUGCCACCUCAUGCUUCUGAAAAGGCUGAAGUGCAACAUGAUGACAGUGGUGAUGAAUACUCAAAUGAUGUUCUUAUGGAUGAUGGUGAAGAAAUGAUUGAAUCUGAAUAUCAAAAUUCUGAUGAUGAAUCAGAUUCAGAAAUGAGUAGCCAAACCUUGGAAGAUGGUGAUGUCGGUGAUGUGUUAAUCGGUUUGAAGAAAUCUCAAGUGAGAUACGAGGAUCUACAGCGAGCUUUUGGCCCCAGUGAAAGGAGUUACUUGGAAACUCAAUUGCAUAUAUAUAAGAGGGUAGUGGGUGCAGAAUUGGCCAAGCGAAUAGUCUACUCACUUGGGUGAUUCAAUUUCUCCGUGGGAAUAUCUCAUCACCAUCGGAGACGUGUAUCCUAUUUUGCAAACUCGGGUUUCUAUUGAAUCAUGUGCGGUCAUCAUAUUGAAGGCUAAAAGAAUCUAUUACAUUUUGCAAACACUUUUGUACAAAGAUCAGGUGUGUAUGUAUUGUACUCUCCGCUGAUCAGUCUCAUUUACAAAUAUGAAAUCGAGGUAAAUGAACUUUCUUGUCAUUGGAGUUGAGAUUUCUCCAGGUCGUCUUUUCUAUUACAGGUUCUUUUCAGAUUGUUCUCUGCAUCUCAAUUUAUUUUACAAUAAAGUGGAAACAUGUUCAUUUUUAA